AUGGUUUUAAAUGCAAACCGGGAAUUUAUACGUUAUUGCGUUAUUUUGUUAAAUGCUUUUAACUUUUUUGUUUUUAUUUUUAAAUGCGCCCCCAAAACGUUCCAUAUAUUUAAAAAAAUUAAACAUAAACGUAAAGCUUUGUACUUUAAAAACGUUUUUAAUUUUGGUUUAAAUAAAAAUCGCUUAAAAUUUCGGAAAUUAUUGGUUAACGUUUGUAAUAUUAACGGCUUUUUUAAACGUAUUGCGGUACUUUUAAAAAAUUAUUUAAAUUUUUAUUAUAAAAGUAAAAGCGUA